AUGACCUCGGCCGAGAAGACACGUGUUGCGCUUGUGGGCUUGGGCCGCGCGGGCCACUUCCACCUGCAAUCUGUGGUGCAGCUGCCGCAUGUGGUGCAGCUCUCUUGGGUUGUGGACGUCGAUGAGGAUAAGGCUCGGCGCAUUGCAGCAGAACAAGGGUGCUGCUGGUCCACAGAGCUGCGUGAGGCGCUCGAUGAUGUGGACGCAGUUAUCAUCGCAUCUGCGACGGAUACGCACUUCCCGUACAUCAUGGAGUCCCUGCGAGCUGACAAAGCUGUCCUGGCCGAGAAGCCCAUCUCCCACGAGCUGCAUGAGGUCAUCGAGGCUGUGGAGCUAGCAAAGAGUCGGAACCUGCCUUUCGUCUGCGGCUACCAGCGCCGGGCUGACCGCCACUUCCGAGCGCUAAAGCAGCAGCUGGAUGCAGGCGCAGUUGGGAAAAUGAAGUUGGUGAAGUCCUGCAGCCGUGACAACCCCCUCCCCCCGUUGGAAUAUCUCCGAACCAGUGGUGGCAUCUUCCACGACAUGCUGAUUCACGACUUCGACAUGCUUGACUUUCUCAGCAACGGAGAGGAGCCAGAAUCGGUCACGGCCAUCGGGCAUUGCUACCACCCCGAGAUUGAAAAGAUGAGCGACAUCGACACAUGUGCGGUCAUGUUCAAGUAUGCCAACGGCAUGAUGGCCAUGGUUGACACUAGUCGUGAUGCCUCCUAUGGCUACGACCAACGCAUCGAGGUCUUCGGAGAGAAAGGAAUGCUGACAGCCCACAACGAGCUCACCAGCACCGUGGAACUGGCCACAAGUGCAGGACACCUGCGACCACCGGCCAUGUACAGCUUCCCACAACGCUACCUCCAGGCCUACAGAUCCGAGCUCACGGAGUUUAUGGAACUCGUGCGCGCCGGGCGUAGCAGCGAGGUGCAUGCCAAGGAGCAAAUCGCCAUGCUCCGACACCCGGGUGUGGUUCGAGCGACCAUGGCUGCAGAGCUUUCCUGGAAGCUUGGCCGCACGGUGCAGCUGGCGGAGGUCGUGAGUGAGGACUGUCACUCCCAGCAGACAGGCGCCAAGAACAUGUUCGGAGACAGCUUCCGCAACUAUGAGAACUCGGAGCGACAGGAGAAAGUGGCGGCCACUUACGGACUGAUGCACCAGAAUCAGACGGUCGAGUUCGUGCGAGAGCAGCGGGAGAAAUGGUUGAAGUUCGAUAAGGGCGAGUUCACGGUGAUGGAGGUGAUCUCCAUGCUGGAUGAGCUGGUGGACGAUUCAGAUCCUGAUGUGGACAUCCCCAAUAGCAUCCAUGACUUCCAGACUGCCGAGCGCAUUCGUGAGCAGUGGCCCGGGGAGGAGUUUGACUGGUUCCACCUGGUUGGCCUUUUGCAUGAUCUGGGCAAGGUCAUGGCAUUGCCAAAGAUGGCCGGAAAAGACACUUUGCCACAGUGGGCAGUUGUUGGUGACACUUUCCCCGUUGGCUGCGCGCCCGCAGAGGAUUCGAUCGUUUUCCCGGAGUCCUUGCGUGAGAAUCCGGACUACAACCAUCCCGUCUUCGGCACGACCAACGGCAUCUACCACUCUGGCUGCGGCAUCACUAAGCUGUUGUUCUCCUGGGGCCAUGACGAGUACAUGUACCAGAUGUUGAAGUUUAACGGCUGCAGCAUCCCUGAGCAUGGUCUGAACAUGAUCCGCCUUCACUCCUUCUACCCCUGGCAUGACAAGGGGGCCUAUAGCCACCUUGAGAGUCCGGAGGACGCAGAAACGAAGAAGUGGGUGAAGGAGUUCAACAAGUUCGAUUUGUACUCCAAGGCCGAUGCAGUGCCUGAGGUAGAGAAGCUGAAGCCCUACUAUGCAUCCCUUCUGAAGAAGUACAACCUGGAUGGCAAGCUCCGGUGGUGA